GGAAGCCAACCAGACGUCCCAUUUCUAUUUUUAGCAGUGGAUACUAAGGAUAAAUUCCAUCAAAGAGUUCUGUUUUAAACAAUCCAAGUCGCCCGAACUUUGUUGAUUAUUCUAGCGUCAGAACACUUUCUCUUUGCUUAGCACUACUUGAAAUCUAUGACUCACAAACGCCAGGGCAUGGAAUCGUAGCAGUAAAGAACAGGUGAAAAGUUGUUCCUAGUUAUGUUCUGCAGGCGCAUACAACUCCCGUCGUUCCCUGUGCAAAAAUCAACAAAUAAACAGAGCCACCGCAUUUCAGAUUCUCUUGCGCACCGUUCGCAAGGACGACUGGUUUUUGUAGUUUCUACCUGAGCGGGUGCUGCUAGCGGAGGCGCCAUAUUGGAAGGGACAAAACUCCGGCGACAGCGAGUGACACAAAUAAACCCCUGGACCCCCUCGUUCCCCCAGCUCUAAGGGCCGCGAUGUUGUACCUAGAGGACUAUCUGGAAAAUGCAAUGGAUCAACUAGAACAAAGAGUCAGUGAAUUCUUUAUGAAUGCAAAGAAAAAUAAACCGGAGUGGAGAGAAGAACAAAUGGCAUCCAUCAAAAAAGAUUACUAUAAAGCUUUGGAAGAUGCAGAUGAGAAGGUACAAUUGGCAAAUCAGAUAUAUGACUUGGUAGAUCGACACUUGAGAAAGCUGGAUCAGGAACUGGCUAAGUUUAAAAUGGAGCUGGAAGCUGAUAAUGCUGGAAUUACAGAAAUAUUAGAGAGGCGAUCUUUGGAAUUAGAUACUCCUUCACAGCCAGUGAACAAUCAUCAUGCUCAUUCACAUACUCCAGUGGAAAAAAGGAAAUACAAUCCAACUUCUCACCAUACAACAACAGAUCAUAUUCCUGAAAAGAAGUUUAAAUCUGAAGCUCUUCUAUCUACGCUUACAUCAGAUGCCUCUAAGGAAAAUACAUUAGGAUGUCGAAAUAAUAAUUCUACAGCCUCUUCCAACAACGCUUACAAUGUGAAUUCCUCCCAACCUCUGGCAUCCUACAAUAUUGGUUCGUUAUCCUCAGGAACUGGUGCAGGGGCGAUUACCAUGGCCGCCGCUCAAGCAGUUCAAGCCACAGCUCAGAUGAAAGAGGGACGAAGAACAUCAAGUCUAAAAGCCAGUUAUGAAGCGUUUAAGAAUAAUGACUUUCAGCUGGGAAAAGAAUUUUCAAUGCCCAGAGAAGCGGCUGGCUAUUCAUCAUCUUCAGCACUUAUGACUACAUUAACACAGAACGCCAGUUCAUCAGCAGCCGACUCACGCAGUGGGAGAAAGAGCAAAAACAACAACAAAUCUUCAAGUCAGCAGUCGUCAUCUUCCUCCUCUUCCUCUUCCUUGUCAUCAUGUUCUUCUUCAUCAGCCGUCGUACAAGAAAUCUCUCAACAAACAACAGUAGUACCAGAGUCUGAUUCAAACAGUCAGGUCGAUUGGACUUAUGACCCAAAUGAACCACGAUACUGCAUUUGCAAUCAGGUAUCCUAUGGCGAGAUGGUGGGCUGUGAUAACCAAGAUUGCCCAAUCGAAUGGUUCCAUUAUGGAUGUGUUGGGUUGACAGAAGCACCAAAAGGAAAAUGGUACUGUCCACAGUGCACUGCUGCAAUGAAGAGAAGAGGCAGUCGGCACAAAUAAAGGUGGUCGUUUCAUUUGAGGAAGAAAAUACUUCAACUAAACAUUUUAUAUAGGACUUGAAAAAAGAAGAAAAGAGAAAGAAGACACAAUGCAUUUCCAGGCAACCACUUCAAGGAUUUACACAGACAAUCCUGUAAGAUCUUGAACUUGAAUUUUAUGGGUUGUAUUUUAAUAAUGUAAGUAAAUUAUUUAUGCACUCCUGGUGUGCUAUGAAUAUUAUUCCAGUUAGCCUUGGAUUAUUUCAGUGGCCAACAUAUGCAGACAUUUGUACUCAACCAUUUUCUCAAAGUAAUGGGCAUUCUAUAAUUUAGACUUCAGAGAAUUCCAACGAUGAAGAUUUUAAGAAAAGUAUUUUAUAUUCAACAGGUAUGUUCUGCUGCAUGUACUGUACUCCAGAGCUGUUAUGUAACACUGUAUAUAAAUGGUUGCAAAACAAAAAAAAAGUCAGUGCUUCUAAAAAGAAUUUAAGAUAAUGGUUUUUCAAAUGCCUUUAUAAUAAGCUUUGUUUCUUUGUGAAACUAAAUUCAGCAGGCUGAAGGAAAUGGUUCAUGUGAUAAAGUGGGCUGGUGUCCUCUAGAGUACCUGGGUACAUAAACAGAAACUCCUGUAGGUAAAAAUGAAUCUGUGCCAUUAGUCUUUAUAUGUUUCUGCAUCCAGAUAGAGUGCAGUUCAUGGGGGGGAGGGGGGGACAUGGGAGGGGCUGAAAGGGAAAGGGUGUUAAAGUGAUACAUUUUUAUACCAAAUGUGUUUAUUUUUUUGUGCAAGUAAUCCUUAAAAUUGGAAUUGUAUUAGGUGUUAAAAUAAAGUUUUUAAAAAAUUACUUGUAUUUAUACUUUACACACUAUUAAUAAGGAAAAUUUCUUAAUUCCAAUUAACUUCCAGUUUUCAUAAUCUAAAAAGGACAGAGUCCCAGGACACACAAUGCUGUGUAAUCUGUGAUUUCUUUAACCGUGCUUGGCAUUUGUGACGUGAAAAUAAGGGAAAGACAUUUUUAAUGUAAAUUUGAAAUGCAAAUGUAUUUUUCUAGAACAUCUCUCUGGCUUUUCCUUCAGUCUAAGAGACAUGAAAGAAGUCUAAUUAUGGUAGAUAAAAUGAAAAUAAUGGUAAUAGAUGUUUUGACUUGAGGCAGUGUGGCCAAUUUAAGUAAAGAGACCUCCUGGAUUGGAGCUUAAAAUUCAGUUCUAUUUUGGAUACUACCACUUACUGGUAUGAUAGUUAAUUCAAAUUUUGAAUCACUCUGGGCCUUAUUAAACCAGGGUGAUGCUGGCUGCAGGAUGUCUGUAAUCACUCUUAAGGUUUUAUUCUAUAGGUGCUAUUUAAAUUAAAAUUUUGCGUAGUGGAGGUUUUAUUUCAGGUAUACUAUCAAGUCAGGUUGGUAGAAAAAUCCUUAAAACUUUAGAAAUACUUAUUACAUCAUUUCUUUUAUGUUGAAACUUACUGGGUCCAUUAGAUUUCUGCUUUAAUCAAAACCACUUAUGAGCCUCUCAGAACUUAUUCAGAAGACUAUAAAAUCUAUGCAAUGCUACCCAAAGGGUAUGGAUUAGAUAGGGGAUUUCUUUUAGCUUCACAAAUCCUCAGUUCUGAGCUGUUGCAGACUGAUUUUAUAGCUGGAGAGCCCAUAAAACAAAGUUGGUUUGUUUGUGGGUAUUCACAAUUUCACAAUAUCAUGAGUAUCAUGAUUCCGUAACACUCAGUAUUUUCAUGGAGAUUUUAUAAACCUUUAAGAAAUAAUAUAUAACAUAGCAUUCACUUAGCUUUAAUGCACGUUGCCUGGAGAUGCUCUGUGGUAUUGUUUAAUCUUCUAAUUAUAUAUAGUGACUUUUCCAAAUUCAUUUUCUAGGAAUUGGUCAAAGGAAAAAGCCUUAUGUACAGCCUUAUUUUAAGAGAAAGUUCCUUGUCUGAGUCAGGAACAUCCCUAUUUCCAGCUGCUACAGCCCCUUCCUGUGUGAAUUCCACUGCUUACCAAAUCACUUAGAAAACAUUUGACCAAAUUUAACCUCAAACAUCGACUAUUUUAUGAAGCCUCUGUAAAGAAGCAAACCAAAAUUUUGUUCACUUAUUUAGUAAUUGGUGGAACUUGUUAGUAUCUUGAGAUAUUAUAUAUAUAUGUAUACACACACACACACACACACACACACACACACACACACACACACACGGGCCAAACAUGGAACUACCUCCUCAAAAAAAAAAAAAUGUGGCCAACUAUUAAUAUUCUUUGAGACAUUUACACCAAGGGGUGGGAUAAGCAUUUUUGCUAUUACAAAAUACCAAUAAAUCUUUGUUCUGUAAAACUCAUGUGACAACUGGUGACACAAAAAAAGUCCAAAUGUGGGUUCACAAUUUAUAGGUGGUGAAAAUUGAGGCCUUACUGCUGUGGAGUGUACAUUAAAAUGUUCAUGGUGACACAUUUGAAGCAAUAAAUGGCUUAAUUAAAUGCCUAAAUGAAGCUGAGUGUUUGAUAAACAUACAGUCAUUCUUGUUAAGGGCAGUUCAUUUUUUUGCUCUUUUCUCCUUUAAAGCAGAUUCCACAUACUUCAAAUUUUUAACCGUAUUUGGUUUGUGCAGUCUUAGUGCCCUUUGUCCUUUGAUCUCAGAAAUGGGCUUGUUGAUCUAAUUAAUUAUAUUAAUCUUGGAAAAAACAAAUGUCUGAUACACUUGGGUUGUGAGAGGUGAAAUAUCUGUGUAGACAUUGCAGUGUUUUCCUUCAACUCAUAUUUUUAAAAGAAAUCUUUAACGAAUGGGUUUUAAGAGAAAACGAAUACCGUCAAAAGCAUUUAUUUUUAUAAUUUUACAAACACUGAGCACCUAGAUGUUGAACCUGCAGAGGAAGGUAUUUGGGUGUGGGUGUGGGAAGGACAAGCGUGUUAAGUAAUUGCGGCACUUGGAAGGGUGCUGUGAUAGGCAGAUGCACAAAGCACUGUGAGGACACUGGGAGACUUCACAGAGGAGGUUUCCUUUGAACAGAUUCUUUAAAGACACACGAAGUAGGGAAGGUUUUUCAAGGCUAGGGAAGGUUUUUCAAGGCAAGAGACUGUUCAAGGGCCACGUACACUCUGGUAACUUACAAGUACUCUGGCAUGAGUGGACGUCCAGUAGGGAGAUGGAAGUUCAGAGAAUAAAGCCAGAAAACUGAGCAAGAGUCUAAACACAAGCAUUUUACACUGUGUCAUAGAAUUACUUGUUAAGGAGAGUGGUGGUGGCCUUUAACAUAUUGUUGGCUAAAUACAUUCUGAUUAUUUUUACAGUUUAAUGAAACUAUAGCACUUUUCUUAUUUUAAUGUAGGGAUAACAAAACUAGUCUAUAACUUGGAAAUUGCUAAAAAAAUAAUUCUAAAUUUAAGGUGAAUCUUCUAGUUUUAAAAACUACAAAUUAGAAUUGCUAGUGAAGAUUUUUUUGUUUUCCUUAUUUAGAUGAUAAAAUCUACAUUACCCAGACUGUAAUUUCUAACCCACGAUCUUAAUAUUCAUGAUUUGAUUCUGCUACAGAAAAAUAAAGUUUAAAGUGAUAUAAACAUGAA